GCAGGAAAGGAAAAAGCGCCAAUCUCUCUCUCUCUCUCUCUCUGUCUCUCUCUCUCUCUCUCUCUCUCUCACACACACACACACACGCCCUGCAGCUCUGAAACACACUCUGUUCUACUGAAAAGGAGAAGAGAGGGGGAAGAAAGGAGGAGAAAAAGGCUGAAAAUCGAAAGUUUGCGCGAGAAACUCGGCCGCAUCACCGCUGGAUGGGAGAAGAAGUUGUCUUAGGAGCUGUUUGCUGACGUCAUAAUUUUUCUUUUUUUAAAAAACACAAACAUUUUGAAAUAAAAUAAAAGAAAGAAAGAAAGAAAGAGGAUCAAAAAUGCCGAAAACGAUCAGUGUUCGUGUGACUACGAUGGAUGCGGAGCUGGAGUUCGCCAUCCUGCCCAACACCACCGGCAAGCAGCUCUUCGAUCAGGUGGUGAAGACCAUCGGCCUGAGGGAGGUGUGGUUUUUUGGCCUGCAGUACCAGGACACCAAGGGCUUCCCAACCUGGCUCAAACUCAACAAGAAGGUGACAGCGCAGGACGUGCGUAAGGAGAGCCCACUGUUGUUUAAGUUUCGGGCGAAGUUUUACCCGGAGGACGUCUCUGAGGAGCUGAUACAGGAGGCCACGCAGAGACUCUUCUUUCUGCAGGUGAAGGAGGGAAUUCUGAAUGAUGAUAUCUACUGCCCCCCUGAGACCGCCGUGUUACUCGCCUCAUACGCCGUUCAGGCCAAAUACGCCGACUACAACAAAGACGUACACACACCUGGAUACCUGUCCAACGACAAGCUCCUCCCCCAGAGAGUUCUGGAGCAGCACAAGCUGAAUAAGGAGCAGUGGGAGGAGCGAAUUCAGGUGUGGCAUGAGGAACACAAGAGCAUGCUCAGGGAGGACUCGAUGAUGGAGUACCUGAAGAUUGCUCAGGAUUUGGAGAUGUACGGCGUGAACUACUUCAGCAUUAAGAAUAAGAAAGGCACGGAGCUGUGGCUGGGCGUGGACGCGCUCGGACUCAACAUCUACGAGCAAAACGACAAGAUGACGCCGAAGAUCGGUUUCCCGUGGAGCGAGAUCAGAAACAUCUCCUUCAACGACAAGAAGUUCGUCAUCAAACCCAUCGAUAAGAAAGCACCGGACUUUGUGUUCUACGCCCCUCGUCUGCGCAUUAAUAAGCGUAUCCUGGCCCUGUGUAUGGGGAACCACGAGCUGUACAUGCGGCGCAGGAAACCCGACACCAUCGAGGUGCAGCAGAUGAAGGCGCAGGCCAAAGAGGAGAAAAACCACAAGAAGAUGGAGAGGGCCAUGCUGGAGAACGAGAAGAAGAAGAGAGAGCAGGCAGAAAAGGAGAAGGAGAAGAUUGAGAAGGAGAAGGAGGAGCUGAUGGAGAGACUGAGACAGAUCGAAGAGCAGACCAAGAAAGCUCAACAAGAGCUGGAAGAGCAGACCCGCAGAGCGUUGGAGCUGGAGCAGGAGAGGAAGAGAGCACAAGAGGAAGCAGAGCGUCUGGAGAAAGAGAGACGGCUCGCAGAGGAGGCCAAAGUCACCUUGCUGCAGCAGUCUGAGAACCAGAUGAAGAACCAGGAGCACCUGGCCACUGAGCUGGCAGAGCUUACCUCUAAGAUCUCUCUGCUAGAGGAUGCGAAGAAGAAGAAGGAGGAGGAAGCCUCACUGUGGCAGCAGAAGGCCACCUUGGUCCAGGAGGACCUGGAGAAGACGAAGGAGGAGCUGAAGAACACGGUGAUGGCGGCUCACGUGCAGGAACCCGUUCACGGAGAGAGUGAUCACGACGAGAGUGAUGAGAGCAGUGCGGAGGCCAGUGCCGAACUUACCAACGCUGCUGCGUAUAAGGACCGCAGCGAGGAGGAGCGCAUGACCGAGGCUGAGAAAAACGAACGAGUGCAGAAACACCUGCAGGCUCUGAGCACGGAGCUGGCUAACGCUCGUGACGAGACGAAGAAAACGCAGAACGACAUCAUCCAUGCGGAGAACGUGCGAGCCGGGCGUGACAAAUACAAGACGCUCCGGCAGAUCCGUUCCGGAAACACCAAACAGCGUAUCGAUGAGUUCGAGUGCAUGUAAACGCCCAAUCGCCAUGAGCGGCCAGCAGGGGGAGCCACAACCUGCCCACAAUUCCACAGCUCUCAACACCAAGCACAGGCUACAAAUUAGAGUGAAAACGGGAAUAGCAAACAUUAUAGGGGCUACUGUAUCUUUAUAAGGGAGAUUACGCAUCUUUUGUAAUUUUUUUUUUUUGACCUUUAUAAUAAUAUAUAUAAACAUAUAUAAUCUAUAUUUUUGAAACUGCAUGAUGGUUUUAAGAUCAGUUCUGUAGUUCUACUGAUUUGAAGUUAGUCAAAUGAUUCUGUAGAUCACAUUCCCGAGACAGAGUCGCUUUUUCAGUGCCAAUUUAUAUACCAUGUGCCGUUAAUGUUAUAUUUUCACUUCCUUUUUUUUGGUAUACUGACAUACUCUAUAAUAACUUCACCUUAUACACUGAGGUUAUUAUUUGCAAUCAGUGCCAUUCUGAAGAAGCAGCAUGUUUGUAGUUUGAUUUUUUUCCAGUUUAUACCUCUUUAAAAAGGGCUUUACAAGUCUUGUAGCAAAUUUCAUGCUUUUUUUAAAAAAAAAAAAAAAUUGUGACAUCAUAAUUCCUACAGGUCUAAAAAACACAAACGGUAUCAUUUUUUCUGAUUUAAU